GUGGGAGAGAGGGAAGUGAGGACCAGAGAUGAGGCGACUAAUUGACAAUCUCAAUUACAAAAUGACACCUGAGAACAUCAAAGUUCUUAAAAAGGAAGAAGCUUGCUCACGCAGGACUGGCUGGAUGUAAUGGGGUAUUAGCAACCCUGAGAGCACCCCAAAAAUGGUGAUGGACUCAGAGAGGCAUCAUGGGCUUCCGGAAUUUCUCCCCGUUCCUGGCUCUCAGCGUCUUGGUCCUGUGCCAGACAGACAGAUUCCAGGCAGUGCCCUUCAGGUCUGCCUUGGAGAGCAGCCCAGACCUCUCCACACUCAGUGAGGAGGAAGCGCGCCUCCUGCUGGCUGCCCUGGUGCGGGAUUACAUGCAGAUGAAGGCCAGUGAGCUGGAGCUGGAGCAGGAGCAGGAGCCAGAGGGCUCCAGCCUGGACAGCCCCCGACCUAAGCGCUGCGGUAAUCUGAGUACCUGCAUGCUGGGCACAUACUCGCAAGACCUGAACAACUUUCACACAUCUUCUGGCAUUGACUUUGGGCCUGAAACGCCGGGCAAGAAAAGGGACAUAGCCAGCAACUUGCAGAGGGACCAUUACCCCCACUUUGGGAUGCCCUAGGAUGCUAACUGAGCUCCUCCCUUUCAUCCCAAUGUCCUUUCUCGCUCCCCUUUGUAAACCUGAUGCACAGAAAUUCCUCGCUGAUUGCUUUUCAAGCUGGUAUUGAUGGCUUGCUUAGGACUGAGAAUAUUGGCAGCUAGAUGGAAGGGGAGAAAGCAGAACACAGGCCAAGUUAGAGGUGAGAUUGAAGGAAGCUUCUUGAGGUCCCAAAGGACUUCACGUCAGAACUGUCCAACUGCUGCUUCUCAAUGUACUCGAAUAAGCACAUCCUCACACACUUCAUCAUUCCUGAAUAAAUCUGUUUUCUAAAAG